UCCCGCCGGUCGUCUCGGAGAAGCCUCAGCUCCCGAUCUCGCAGAAGCUUCAGCUCCCGAUUUCGCAGAAGCUUCAGCUCAAGGUCUCGGAGAAGCUUCAGCUCAAGGUCUCGGAGAAGCUUCAGUUCUCGGUCUCGUCGACGUCGCGAAGGGUGAUCAUCGGCAAGGACGACGACUCCCGCCGCCGCUUGUUCAAGAGUGGCGAUGAUGAUGACGAUGGCUCCCGCCGCCGCAUCUUCAAUCGUCGCCGCAAGAGUGGCGAUGACGAUGAUGGGUCUCGUCGCCGCAUCUUCAAUCGUCGUCGCAAGAGUGGCGAUGACGAUGAUGGGUCUCGUCGCCGCAAGUCCAAGAGUGGCGAUGAUGAUGACGAUGGCUCUCGUCGCCGCAUCUUCAAUCGUCGUCGCAAGAGUGGCGAUGACGAUGAUGGGUCUCGUCGCCGCAAGUCCAAGAGUGGCGAUGAUGAUGACGAUGGCUCUCGCCGCCGCAUCUUCAAUCGGCGCCGUAUUUUCAAGAGUGGCGAUGAUGAUGACGAUGGCUCACGCCGCCGCAUGAUCAAGGAUGAUGACAGGGACGAUGAUGAUCACCCGAAGUGCGUGGAUAAAUUCUCUUUUUGCAAGAAGGUCUGUUAUGGGUUCAAGUUGCAGGGGGCAAAUCUUGGCUGGUGCAUGCAUAGGUGUUAUUCAAAGUUCGACCACAAGAUCAAGCCCGGGCUUGAUAACUAUUGUGCGGAGUGCGGAAAGUACUGCGGACUUCCUCCUCCAAGGACGACAACGACCACGACGCCCAGCUUACCUCCUGUUGAUCCGACAUGCCCAUUUUUUACCACCACGACCACACAUCCGAUCUAUCCAACCACCACAACCACCACCAGGUCAAAACCCAAGGAUGAUGACGAUGAUGGCAGCCGCAGGCGACGAAUGGGCAAGGGCGACGACGAUGAUGACGGCAGCCGCCGCCGCCGCCGGAAGGAUGAUGACGGCAGCAGACGCCGCAUCUCCAAGGGUGACGAUGAUGAUGACGGCAGCCGACGCCGCCGGAAG